UCGAUAAGUAGAAAACGUUGUGGAACACAACUAUUAUUCCUUAUCAACGUGCUAAGGGUGAUCCUAACCAUAAUGCAUCCGAACUCUGCAAAUCCUGCACCAGUGGGGAUGAAAAGAGCCGCAAGAGCUGCCCUUAUACUGAUUCCCCUUUUUGGUUUGCAGUUCAUACUGCUUCCGAUGAUUCCUGAGCAGCACCAUCCUCUAUAUCAUUUCUACAUUUGGCUGUGUGUCGUCAUUGUCCCAUUCCAGGGUUUAUGCUGCGCUUGCCUAUUUUGCUUUGCCAACCAAGAUGUACAUAGCGCAGUUAGAGGACUUUGGCAUCGACGGUUCCGUAGAGCUGACAGCAGUCGAACAGGACCUGCUGCUGGAGGAGUUUGGGGAGGCGGAAGGUGGUCUGGUUAUAGGUAUGCAGCUGCAGUUGCUGCCGAAGACAGAGCUGGUGCAGGAGGUGGAGGCAAUGGUGUAUACAUGCUCAAUGGUAGUGCAUCGGCUCAUAGUCAUAGAAAAAGUACUGAUAUGACAAAACUCUGAAAUAUCGUUGGUCAUCGAAGGUCAGCGCUGGAUAUUUUUUGUGAUAAAUAAUGUUGCAAACUUGUUUACUAUUAUUUAUUUUACGUAACGUAAAUUACGUGUAUAUAUGAAAUGUACAAAAGAACCAACUUAUCAACAAUUUACACUAUUGCACUGUAUAUUUCCUACGACUCUCUGUAUCUACACACCAAGCAUUGUAUAUAGAUCUUAAAUGUGCGUUUUCUAUUUCGUCUUCUUAGAACCUAGUUAGUUAUAAUGCUGAACAUCAUCGACAUUUUGUAGUUAACCAAAAUGAUGUUCACUGAUCUUGAUCUUUCGACGCUAAUCUAUGUCUUUUUGUAUGAACCUUCUCGCAUCAUAUGCGCAUUGAUGUUUGUACUUUAAGUAAGCAUAGUUGUAAAAAAUAGGAGAUUAUUAUUAAAAUGUCGAUUUCCGGAAAUUCCAACCGAUAAGCAUGUACAUACCUAGAAUCCCAGCAGUUUAGCACAUAUGUAUGAGUGCAAAUUGGUUAUCGCCGAAAUUUUAGAUCAAUUUAAAUAUUCUUUUUAUGUUUUGUCUUCAAUCAUACAGCUUGUUGAAUUUUGGACCAGCAAUGUAUCUUGACAUACUUGUCACCUUAUUCGAAUGUAUGCACAUGUUGCCGAAUUCAGAGGCAUUAGCAUUGAAGGGACACAUUGUUGUACAUGGGAUCCCGGACAAGUAAUGUUGUAAAGAAAUGUAAUAUGAUGUAAACAGUCCUGCUGUGGUAAUUCUAGAUAUGGACAGUGCCAUCUGUUUUCCAUAAAAUCUCGAUCUGCGACAACCCUUUUUCUAAUGAUGGCCUUGCUACUGUUUCUAUUCUACUAAAUCAAUCACCGAUACUUCAUCAUGUGUACUUUAGAAACGGUAUUAAGUCUCGCAUUGUCUCAAGUGUACACUUAAGAUAAGCUGAAAAACCUUUUCGUGUUAAAUAAGCGGGAGAACAUGACGCUUAAAAUGAUUAUUGUAUGUACGAUGUUACAAAACCCAAGAUAAAAAAGUCCGUGUUAAAUACAAAUAAAAUAAAUAAAUGUCACAAUA